CAUGUUCAUUCGAUUUGUAUAUAAUGUGGGUUAAUAAAAUUAAACAAACUCUUGAAUUAAAAAAGUAAACAAAGUCCUCAAUACAAGUUCUUAUGUGAUUAAUGAGUGAUCACCAACCUAGUUAAGAGUGCGGUGUCAACUUUUCGUGAUAGAGACAUAAAAUUAACAUAUGCCAAUCACCAUUGAAUUAUUAUUCAUUUUAAAAAUAAGUAGGACAAACACAUUAAUUUGAUAACAAAUCGAAUAAGCUGCGAUUUGGACACAGCAUGUGGGCAUAUAUGGUUUUGUUAACUGAAAUUUGAUAUCGAUUAGCAGUCGUAUGCCAGUCACUUGUUUCUUUUUCUUUAAGUUAGUUACACUGUCUAAUUAAAAUGAAAUUCGUUGAACAUUCAAGUAAUUGUUGCAAGUAGUUUCCAAUCUGAAUAGAAGUGCUUGGCUCUACCAAACCCCUAUUACCACAGUUGUGCCAAAAAAAAAAAAACACUACAAUUGAAUGUAGAAAAGUAAAAACUGAUAGACUUUGCCUUCUAUUUGAGUAGAUUAAUGCAACAAGAUGAAAAACAACGAGUCUAAAUUUUAGUAGUGGACGGUGAAUUGGUUUUAAAAGGAUUGACAUUUGGCAGAGAGAUAGAUGUAGCCAAUCAUAAUGCCAUAAUAUAUUAAAGUAUGCAAUCAAAAUAAAUGAACUUUGCUACCAGCGAAUCACAUAUUAGUUAGUGAUUUUAUAAUUUAUUAAACAAAUCUUGUUGCCUCUCUCCUAUGCGGUGCAGCUGAUACAUAAUGUAUCAUCCACUAAUAGUCUCUCAAUCCCGAAUAUUCUCACACUUCUUCAAUUACAUGUUUGUUUUCUUUUUUCUUUUUUGCUUGACACUUGGAUGAACCAAUCUAACCUUAGGUUCAUGAAUAAGUACAUCGAGUCAAUAAUGUUCCUCCCAUGAUCUAGUUGAUGUAAUGAUUAAAAUUUUAUAUUCAAGGGAGUACCAACCACUGAAGAACUCUGAGAAAGCUCACUGAAAAAAGGUCUCAAAAAGAAAAAGAAAGGGUUGGAUUACCUCGUAAGGCUUAAACCCACACAUUUUCUUUCAUGUCUCACAACACUGAAUUAUUUCAAGGCUAACUAAGAUAUUUGUCUAGUAUGAAUAUAAUGCUUAGCUUUAUUUUUAUUUGUAGAAAUUGAAAACAAGUAUCAAGGUUAGUAGUUUCAUUCUUUAAAAAACCGCAUUACAUCUAAUAACAACUCAAUAAAAAACAUCAAUUCGUGGAAAAGAUUGUCUCUGCUACAAAAGAAGACCAAAAGAAAAACUCAAGCAAUUUAUGCCAAUUUUCAGGGCAACAUGGAAAGUUUAAUCAUAAAAUAUACCUAGUUGUAAACAGUAGCACAUGCAUCUUUGAUUCAUAUUUUCAUUAUUCCCCUCAUUUAAAAGCAUUCAAAAGAAUCAUUGAGUCUGGAGCAGCCAAUCAUCAUCAUUAUCAUGGUUGAUAUGUGGCUUCAAAUUUUAUGUAAGAAAAAUAAUCAAAUCUCUGUUGGAUUAGAUUUAUGAGAAUAGAAAAAAAAAAGUUAAACUAUUCAUAUGGCUCUUAUAAUUAUAUUUAUUUUGAGUUUUAGCCUCUAUACUUGAAAAUGAUAAGUUUUUUAUCUCUACAUAUGCAUAAAAGUUAAGUUUUGGUCCUUAAUACUAACAUCAGACAACAAUCUCUGACAGUAUAAAACCACUAUAAAAACUUUUUGGCAGUGAUAAACUGCUACAAAAACUGUGUAAGGACUAUAAUGUAUAAUUUUCUUAUAUGGGAAUUAAAACUUAAAAUGAGGACAACUAUAAGAGCUAAAUGAAUAGAUUAACAUAAAAAUAAUGCAAUGAUUAAUCUCUACAAAAGAUAGAGAGUUGGGACAGCGGUCUAAUAAACAUAGUAUGAAAAAGGGAUGGUGGGAACAUGUUCAUUCAAAUGAUAGAGGUUGGUUACUCUCUAGCUACCAGAGUAACGUGAUGCACCUUGACUCUGUCUCACUAAAUUAUUCAAUUCAAAGUCAACGAGAGCAAAAUAAAUUGUAUUAUAUCCAAGAUUUUGUAGUGCAUGAAUAACUUAGCGUGUAUUUUAAACGUUUACAUAUCUUAGUAGCAGCUAUUCCGAUACAUCAAACAACAUAACUAACUACUGAUGUUAACAAUAACAAGAGAUUUAAAAUACUAUAUUCCUUCAACAUUUUUCUCUCUAUAUAAGCACCUUUCACUCUUAUAUCCCCUCAUCAACAAGUUAUACAAGAAUGGCUAGUGUUGUGACAGAGAAAGUGAAGCUUCUUGUGGCAUUGCUUACCCUGCAGUUGUGCUUUGCAGGAUAUCACAUUGUGUCUAGACUUGCACUAAAUAUUGGAGUCAGCCAAGUCGUUUACCCCGUUUACCGAAAUUUGAUUGCCUUGCUUUUGUUGAGCCCAUUUGCUUAUGUGUUAGAGAAGAAUCAAAGACCACCCCUCACUUUAUCUUUACUUGUUCAGUUCUUCCUACUUGCAUUACUGGGGAUCACCGCAAACCAAGGGUUUUACUUGUUGGGAUUAUACUAUGCUUCUCCAACUUUUGCUUCUGCCUUGCAAAACUCGGUUCCUGCAAUUACUUUUAUCUUGGCCUUGGCUUUAAGGCUUGAAGAAGUCAACAUCACAAGGAGAGAUGGAUUGGCAAAAGUUCUUGGAACCAUUGCCAGUGUGGGGGGUGCCACAGUAAUAACUCUAUACAAAGGUCCUCCUCUUCUUCACCUGCAGAUGGACCAGAUACAAGGAGACACUUUAGAAGUAGAUCAGUCAACAAAAGUUCAAAAUUGGACUUGGGGUUGCAUAUACUUGCUUGGACAUUGUUUAUCAUGGGCUGGCUGGAUAGUUUUUCAGGCUCCUGUGGUGAAGAAGUAUCCAGCAAAACUAACCCUCACCUCUUUUACAUGCUUCUUUGGAUUGAUCCAAUUCUUGAUCAUAGCAGCCUUUGCAGAAAAUGACUUGGAAAAUUGGAAGAUACAAUCACUAGAGGAGCUUUUUAUCAUUCUAUAUGCUGGAAUUAUAGCAUCCGGCGUUGUCAUAUCUCUCCAAACAUGGUGUAUUCAAAAGGGUGGUCCUGUGUUUGUUGCUGUCUUCCAGCCAGUGCAAACUAUUCUAGUUGCUGUCAUGGCAGCACUAAUUCUUGGUGAUCAGCUAUACUCUGGAGGGCUUAUUGGUGCAAUUCUCAUUGUGCUUGGUCUAUACUUGGUCCUUUGGGGCAAAAACAACGAAAAAAAAGUGACUGAGCCAUCACUAACAAACCCCUUGCUUAAGGCAGAGGAAGAGAAUAAAGAAACGGUUUCUGUUCCAAAAGACAUACCAUGACAUGACAUAUCCAUCUGUUGACUGAUGACUGAGGCAAACUAUCUAGUUCUGGUUUUAAGUAUUUGAACAACCAGUUAACCACUGAUAUAUGGUCCUGGUUAGCAGCAUUUCAAGUGAUAUAACCAAAAUUAUUAGAGUCAGAGUGCUCAAGGCUAAGUUGGGUUGAGGAAUAAAGCCUGCUGGUGCGUUUUAUUUGUUUUUUGUUUUUAUCAGAGAAGCUAAUUCAUUGACCUUUGCUUACAAGGUCAAAUAUGUAGGCAAUGUUAGCAUAUGUGUCAUGUCAAUGAUACAAACAAGACUCUAUGAGCUGUACAUUAGAUUGACUAUACAUGAAUACUACGGCUAUUGACAAGUUUUCA